AAGCGUUAAGAGAAAUAGAUGAUGUGUAUGAAAAGUACAAGUCAGAAAACGACCCUGUUCAGAAGAAACGCUUGCAGCAACACCUUCAGCGUGCGUUAAUCAACAGCCAAGAACUUGGAGAUGAAAAAAUCCAAAUAGUUACUCAGAUGCUAGAACUGGUAGAGAAUAGGGCUCGUCAAAUGGAAACACACUCUCAGUGUUUUCAAGAUCUGUCUGAGAAUGAAAAACCUCUGGAAAAGGCCAAGUUGGAGUCCUGCCAGCCAGAGAGGUCUUCCCGUAGACCUCGUCGCCAGCGCACCAGCGAAAGCCGUGAUCUGUGCCACAUAGCGAAUGGUAUCGAUGACUGCGAUGAUCAGCCACCUAAAGAAAAGAGAUCCAAAUCUUCCAAGAAGAAAAAACGCUCCAAGCCCAAACCAGAGAGAGAGGUUUCACCUGUAGAAUUUGCAAUUGAUCCCAAUGAACCAACUUACUGCUUAUGCAACCAAGUGUCUUAUGGUGAAAUGAUAGGAUGUGAUAAUGAACAGUGCCCUAUCGAGUGGUUCCACUUUUCGUGUGUUGGACUCACAUACAAACCAAAGGGGAAAUGGUAUUGCCCCAAGUGCAGAGGAGACAAUGAGAAAACAAUGGACAAAUGUACUGACAAAUCAAAAAAGGAUAGAAGAUCGAGGUAGUGAAAGCAAUUUAUGUUUUAAAGAGUUGCUCCUUUUAUAUUAAAAUAUUUCAUUUCCAGAGAAUGCUGUUUAGGAAAUGCAGAAGACUAUGCAAUAAUUUUUAAUCUAUAAUAUUAGUGGAGUAUUAGAAGCUGUUAUACCUUCUGUGAUCUUUAACUUUCUGCACUGAAUAACCAAAUGAUUGAAACAGGGUGGCUUCAGACCUUUCACAGAAGACAUUACAAGCAUAUGGUGCUUGGUUUCACUUUAACCCCAUUAGUAUUUUAAAGAAUCUUGAAAUAAUGGUGGUGGGAAAGAUACUGAAGAACUUCUCAUGUUAUGGUAAAGGCGUUGAAAGGCCUCACGUAACUGCUAACAUCCUAACAACUAAGUUUGUUCUUUAUCCCAGGUUUUACGUUUUCAGUUUUUGUGUUAGCAUCACACGUUUGGAGUUAGGGUUUUUGAAUUCAGCUGUAACUGUAAAAGUCUUCCGAGCUAAAAGCAGACCUCUUCAGUGACUUUCAUGUGACCAGUAUGUUAUUUCAAGGAAGAAAAUACCACUAACAUAACCGUUUUUUUUUUCCAUUGUCAAUAUUAAACUCUUGUCUUUGUGAC